AUGGCAGCUGAUCCUCAAAAUGUUGGAGCACAUUGGCCUGGUAAUAAAGAUGAUUAUGUUUUACAAGAUGCGAUAGGAGUUGGAGCAACAGCGACAGUUUACAGAGCGCUUUGUAAACCAAGAAAUGAACUUUGUGCCAUAAAAUGUAUAAAUCUUGAAAAAUGCCAAACAUCAGUUGAUGAACUUUCACAUGAAAUUCAAGCAAUGUCUUUAUGUUCACAUCCAAAUGUUGUCAAUUAUUAUACUUCUUUUGUUGUUGGUGAAGAACUUUGGGUAGUUAUGCGUCUUCUGAGUUGUGGGUCUAUGUUGGAUAUUUUGAAAAGAAAAAUUAAAGCUAUGGGUAAAGAUAACGCUGCUUAUGGUGUUUUGGAUGAAGUUACAAUUGCUACAAUUUUAAAGGAAGUACUUAAAGGACUUGAAUAUUUUCAUAAUUCUGGACAAAUCCAUAGAGAUAUUAAAGCUGGUAAUAUUUUGUUGGCAAAUGAUGGGACUGUUCAAAUUGCUGACUUUGGUGUUUCUGGUUGGUUAGCUGCUAGUGGAGGAGAUUUAUCUAGACAAAAGGUUCGGCAUACUUUCGUUGGCACGCCAUGUUGGAUGGCGCCAGAAGUAAUGGAGCAAGUGGCCGGCUAUGAUUUUAAAGCAGAUAUUUGGAGUUUUGGAAUUCUUUGUAUUGAACUAGCCACUGGAACUGCUCCAUAUCAUCGUUAUCCUCCAAUGAAGGUUCUUAUGCUUACUCUUCAAAAUGAUCCUCCAACUUUGGAGACAAAUGCUGAACGUAAAGAUCAGUACAAAGCUUAUGGAAAAAGCUUUCGAACUAUGAUAAAAGAUUGUCUUCAAAAAGAUCCAACUAAAAGGCCAAAUGCUUCUGAAUUACUUAAAUAUUCUUUUUGCAAAAAAUCUAAAGAUAAGAAUUGGUUAGUUCAUUCACUUAUUGAAAAUAUUGGUGCUGCACCGAUACUCCCUACUUUACCAAAGAAAGUUCAAAGUGGAAAAUUAAAAAAGGAUAAAGAUGGAAAUUGGGAAUUUGAAUAUGACACACCAGGAAAUGGAGAUUCUGAUGGAUCGUCUGGAGAACAUUCUGAAAAUGAUAAUGCAACACUCCGUCCAAGUAAAACUGUGGAUAGACCAGGAGUUUCUGAAGGAUCAACCAAUGCUCCAAAAGCAUUAAAUCUUCAAAGAGAAUUAAAUGACAUUAAAUUUGACUAUUCGCCAAGUACUGACACAGUUGAUGGUAUUGCCCAUGAACUAGUGACUGCCGAAUUGAUUGAUGGUCAUGACUUGGUUGUAGUUGCUGCCAAUCUCCAAAAACUUAUUGAUGCAGCUCAAAAUAAAGUAGAAAGGAGAACGAUUACUUUUGCACUAAAUUCUGGUGUUGCAACUAACGAAAUCCCGGAUGAGCGCUCGUUAACAGGAUUUGCUCAACUUUCUUUAGUUGAGUAGAGAAGACAAAAUAUUAAAAAAUUGACCUUUUUAUUCUAAAUUUUUUUUUGAUUUUUAUGUUUAAUUUUCAAUACAUUCUACUCUGUUCCUGCUUUGAAUUUUAAAGAUUUUUCUUUACGAAUUAUUGGAAGAAAUGUUAAUAUUUAUCCUUUUAAAGAUCAUUACAGUUUCAAACCCCAAUUUUAUUUUCAAACCGAAAAAUUAAAACAAAAACGACCUUUACAUGUAGGGACAAAGUAAUGUAUUGCAUAUUUUAUAUAAAAAUUAUUCUGCCAUAUGCACUUAAAAAAUGUUCCUCUGC